ACAACAACAACAACAACAACAACAAACCCUACUAUAUGCAUCUCACACACACACACACAUCUCUUACAUACAUUCCUCUCUGUUAUACCAUACUUCUUCCACCAAAUCCGCUCUUCAGUUUUACAUACACAGCAUCAUUCUCAUAUAUAGCAGCAGCAUCAUCAACAUCAACAUUUCUUUCUUCUAGUACUUAUAUAGCAUUCUUUUUCUGUUUUAUUUUCAAGUGCAUAUAUUUUUCUUUUAGCAUCUUCCAUUUUAUUUACAAUACAAUAUCUAGCAUCCCAGAAACACACGUAACACGCAAAAAAAGAAAAACCCCUUAUUCCUUCUGUAAUCUUUAGAAAUAAACAAAAAAGCAUGUCCGCCCUUCGAUCACGAAAAGAAA